UUGUCGUCUGUGUAGCCUGUGUGCACGUCAUGUUGUAAACUCGAAGGCGAAAGUGUUUUUUUUUCAUCAUUAAACAUUGUUCUGCAAAUCAUACGUUUUCUUCGCUGGCAUCUUAGAUUCCGAAGGGAAUAUUUAAUUGGUCCUGCCAUAAAUUGUAAUAAGACCAGAUUGCAUAAACAACUCUAAACUGUCACAAUGAGGUUGUUUUGUACUAUAUUAUCAGUUAUAACAAUACUACAGUGUGCGUAUGCACCACCAGUCACACCAGACAAGAAAGACCAGGACAGUGAAGUUGUUGAUGAUCUAGCUGAGUACACUGAGUAUCAUAGGUACUUAAAGGAAGUGGUACAGGCGUUAGAAAGUGAUCCUGACUUUCGGGAGAGAUUGGAAAAAGCAGAUGAAGAGGAUGUUCGGUCUGGUAAAAUAGCUGAACACCUGGACUUCGUGAACCACAAUGUCAGGACCAGAUUGGAUGAAAUUAAGCGUCGAGAGUUGGAAAGAUUGAGGCAUCUGGCUACCAAGCACUAUGAGCUGACAAAUGAUCUUAACUUCGAAGGAAAAGUGCCUUCCAACGAACACUUGGACCACCGAAACCCUCACACCUUUGAAAUUGAUGACUUGAAGAAACUUAUCAAGAAAACUACAGCAGACUUGGAGAUUGCCGAUAAGAAACGCAGGGACAACUUCAAGGAAUAUGAAAUGGAGAAAGAAUUUGAGAAACAUCAGAAGUUGGAAAAGUUGGACGAGGUGCAGAAAAAAGAGUUCGAGGAGAAACAAAAAAAAGAAGAAGAAGCUAAGAAACACCACCAGCCGUUACGGCACCCAGUCACAAGGGAUCAGUUGUUAGAGAUAUGGAAGGGUGCAGAUCAUAUGGACAACGAUUUCGACCCGAAAGUGUUUUUCAUGAUGCAUGACGUAGACGGCAAUGGCGUAUGGGACCCCGAAGAGGUGAAGGCGCUGUUCAUCAAGGAGUUGGACAAGUUGUACACGCCGGGCGGGCCCAACAAGGACAUGCACGAGCGCGCCGAGGAGAUGGAGCGCAUGCGGGAGCAUGUCUUCACUGAGAAUGACAAGAACCGCGAUGGGUUGAUUGAUUUCAACGAGUUCAUGUUGGAAACACAGCGGGCUGACUUCAACCAAGAUGAGGGCUGGAAGCCCAUAGAUGAGAAUCAAAUCUACACCCAACAAGAGUACGAGGCGUACGAGCGCAGGCGGUUAGAAGAACUGCAUUAUCUGCAGCAACGUGGUCUGGUUGACGCCCAUGGUCGUCCUAUCCCCGGCGCACAGCAGCAAAUACAACAGGCGUACCAGCAACAGCAGCAACAACAGCAGGGCUACCACCCGGGGCAACCGCAGUACGUGCCCGGACAGCCGCCGCAGCAUCCGGCCCAACUAGCGCAACCACACUACCAGGGACAACCGCAAGGGCAGUACCAAGCUCAACCACAAGGGCAGUACCAGGGUCAACCGCAAGGGCAGUACCAAGGGCAACCACAAGCACAGUACCAAGGUCAACCACAAGGGCAGUACCAGGGUCAACCACAAGGGCAGUACCAGGGUCAACCACAAGGGCAGCCGCAAUACCCAGGCCAGCCGCAAGCACAACAGCAGUAUCAACAACAAUACCAAGGUCAACCUCAGGCUCAACAACCAGGACAGCCGCAGUUGCAGCCCGUACAGAACCAGCAACCGAACAUCAACGUGGCCCCAGCGCAACCAGCCCAAACGAACCAGAACCAACCCGGACAACAACAACCACUUGUACAAGCGCAACCCCAGCUCAACCAACAAACGAAACCGCAGGACAACGCCCAGGGUCAAGUACCAGCAGCGCAAAACGAGCCAAAUGCUCAUUAAACAACAUACAACCCUGUAAUAUUACAAUAUAUAUAGGAAGAAUUAUAGGUUUCAUUAGUGAGACAUAGUUUUCCUACAACUUUGAGAUUUUUAUUUGGCCGAAAAUUUUAUACGUAUUCUUUAUUCAAUCACUGUAAACUCUUACUCAUUAAUAUGUUUAUAACUGCCGUCUGCCGCUGCCAACAAGAAGCUUUGAUGUGUUCUGAUCUGAAGGGUAUAGAUUCCUACGACAUAACAUGCACAUGAGAAUAGGGUACUUGACACAUAUCAAAGGAGAUGGUCCAAAAUUAUAUGGAACCCAGGUCCAGUCAUGGUACCCUGGCGGAAAUAAAAGUUAAUAUUUUUUUUUAACUAUUUUUGUUUAUACAAAUCUUUUCUAAAAAUUUACUUUAAUUCUUUCAUGCUCUCACAAAAGUGUAACACUAAUAUAGUAGGUAGUAAUGGCGGAUUUAUGACGUUUUCAAUGCAGUAGUCGAUUUGAUGUUUGCUGUCAAUUGACAUGUCAUGGUUGCUUUAUGGGCGCCAUCUUGAAAAAACUCAAAAACUUGGUUUUUAAUUUUAUUUAUUUCUGUUUAUUUAGUUAGAUUUAUUCACUUAUUUAGAUAUUAAUUAAUAAAAUCCUUUUAUUUUUUAAAUUUAUAUGAUACGGGGUACAAGAGUGGACCUGAAAUGGGCCAUCUCCUUUAAUAUAAACGAUAUUAAUUAAUGGAAGUUACGGAUUUAAAAUUAUCAAAACAUCAAAAACUCUGUCGUCCAUUUUGUGACGUCACAAUAUUACUUGAUAUAAGUUGACGUUUAUCAACUUCAAAGUAAUUAUUAAUAACUAAUAGUUAGGUCAAAUCCUCCGUUUGGUAAAGGAUUUGUUAACGUGACGUCAUGAAACAGUUGAAAAAUACGCCAUCAUAACCGACAGCGUUUUUGCGUAUGGUUAAAAAAAUAUUUAAUAAUUAAAAUUUUCAUGUAAUCACGUCUCGAAAAAUUAUGAUAAUUUUUUUCAAACUAGUAGAACGAUAAUGAACAAUUUAAGACCAUUUUAAAAAAAUGUCAACUAACCUAUUAUUACACCAUAAAUUAAAAGACUUUUAAAAGAGUAAGAAAAAGACUUUUAAAGCGACUAAUGCUUUUUUAUAAAAACCUAUUUUUUUUUAAUAUUCAUCUAGGUCAUCGAACUUUUUCCGUUGUAUUUGUGAAAUUGUAUAUUUCUUUUAUUUAUAUACCAUCUCUUAGUAAGUAAUUAUCAAAUGAAAUACUAAAAGAACUCUAUCCAAUGAUGAUUUUAUACUAUAGAUGGGUUACGUCCCUACAAAAUCACCGCAAUAAGUGAUCCGAAUAAUAGGCUACAAAAUGCACAAUAUUGUCUUUAAUUAAUAAAUAUAUAAUGUAUAUACAUAUACAUUAUAUAUUUAUUAUAUACUUUUUACACUUCCUGAACACACAACUCUAGAUUAUAGACAAUAUUUAGGUAAUAUUUGUUUAAUAAUGUCCGUUGUUGACCACAACUGACAUUGAGAUGUGGAAAUUUCCUCUUUUGAGCGCCUUAUUUUUUAUGACCUAGUAACACAUCUAACAGUAUUUAACAUCAUUGACUCCAUCGGAUUAUAAGUUUUUCUCCAAAUCGUCUUUCCUAUUUAUACCUUCAUAUAAUAUUAAGAAAUAUAUUUUACAAUAAAUUGCGUACUCAUGUAAAUAUAUUUGGUUGUCCAUUAGUAAGUACCUACUUAUACGGAUACAAUAUCUACACUUGUAUAUUACUCAAACAAUUUUCUCAACUAUGAAUGUGCCAAAAUCGUGUAACGAAUAUUUGGAAUACGAAAUUAAAAUAUUUUAUUGUCUUAGUGUAAUAUUAUUUACAAUUGAGAUUUAUUAGACCUAAUAAAGUGUGCAAUUUCA